AUGAGAGAUGAGGGAGUAAUAGAGCCUUCGUCGUCACCCUGGUUAUCUCCGGUGGUCCUCGUUCGUAAGAAGAACGGUACCACGAGGUUUUGCAUUGACUUUCGAGGGUUAAAUGCGGUGACUGUCGCCGAUAGUUAUCCUAUGCCUCGUGUUGACGAACUCAUCGACGAACUGAGAGAUAAGUCUUGGUUUACAGUUCUCGACGCUAAAAAUGCGUAUUGGUCGAUUUCUGUAGCGCCUGACAAUCGUUCGAAGACCGCGUUUUCCGACGGACAUCGCCUGUGGCAGUUCAGACGAUUACCUUCCUCAUUCGAAGAGCAUAUAGAGCAUCUAACAGAAACGUUACAGCUUCUAAAUAAGGCAGGGUUUAGAUUGAAUCGCGAAAAAUGCGAGUUUGCAACACGUGAAUUUAAAUUCCUGGGUUUCAAGGUCACUCCAGAGGGAAUUUUACCUGACCCUGACAAGGUCAUUGCCAUAAAUAACAUGCCUGCUCCCCGUACUGUCAAAGAGGUCCGCAGAUUUCUUGGCUGUAAAGCUCCUGUCUGGAAGAAACCAAACUUCACUUUGCCAUUUGAGGUUCAUUGUGAUGCCUCAAAGUUAACAUUAGGAGCCUGCCUAAUGCAGAGAAGCCCAGAUGAUACCCCUCAUGCAGUAGCAUAUUUUUCCCGUAAACUUAGAGGUCCCGAAACGAGGUAUCCGGCGAUAGAUAUUGAAGCACUCGCUGUGAUAGAGGGGGUUCGUGCUUUUGACCACUACCUGUAUGGCAAUAAAUUCCUAAUAUUCACGGACCACAGACCACUAACGUUCGUCUUCCAUCGUCGUACGAAAUCUCCGCGGAUGUCGAAGUGGUCCCAUGAGUUAUCCAACUAUCAGUAUAAACUCUUAUACAAGGAAGGUUCGUCUAAUCAUGUCCCUGACUGUCUUAGUCGUGUUGCUAACAUUGGUGCCAGUGCUCUUGACCCACAGAAGGUUCGUGAUGAUCAGCUGAAGGAUCCGCUAUGGCGAGAGGUCAUUCGAUACCUGGAGGAAAGAGCUGUGCCACGACGAAAGCUACCUCUGCCCUUAGAAGAGGAGACCAGGCAGUUUGUGCGUUCGUGUGCAGUAUGCCAGCGGGGCAAGGGACCAGCUUACCGACAAGCACCUAUGGCAAACGCUCCAGAUGUUCAUUUGCCACUUGAAAGAGUAAGUGCCGGCCUCAUGAAUCUCCACAGCUCCACCAGUGGAAAUCGGUAUGUACUUUCGAUCGUCGAUCACCUGACUCGUUACCUUCAGCUCAUCCCUCUGCCUUGCAAGAGUGCAGAAACAGUGGCUGAGGCUUUCAUUAAUAACGUCGUGACUAUCUUUGGGCCACCGCGUGUUAUACAGACAGAUAAUGGUAGCGAAUUUUGCAACCGUCUAUUUCAACAGGUAUGCAGUAUUAUCCAGACAAAGAUGUCGUUUACGACGGUGUACCAUGCGCAAGCCAAUGGCAUGGUUGAAAGGGCUAAUAGAGUGGUAAAAGACGCGCUGGCAACUCUAACGGAGAGCCGACCUGACACCUGGGAUCAGUAUCUCCCCCAGGCUUGUUUGGCCCUCAACUCCUCGGUACAUCGAAGCAUCGGAGAACAGCCGAUCUACCUCAUGACUGGUCAUCACGGCCACUUCCCCCUGGGGCCCACCAACGAUGUCACGAUUGCAGCAGAUUCGGCGAAGAGGUUUCAGGAACGUCUUCAGGUGGCGAGGUCAGUGGCAGUGGAAACUUCGCGUCGUGCACGAGAAGGUUGGGCGCGCAUCUACAACAAACGCGUCCGCAAGCACUUCCAGCCUAACGUUGGGGUCCUCGUCUGGGUGAAGGUACACCCAGGGCACCGUCGUGGUCCAGGUCGCGCCCUUGGUGACCGAUGGCGCGGUCCCGCGAGAAUAAUGAAAAGAAUCGGACCAGUCUCUUAUUUGUGCAAGGAAGUGAGCGAGCCAUACCGCGAGCUGAAGUGCCACAUCAAUCAACUGAAAGAAUUUGUUCCUGAACAAGAAUUGCAAUUUACUGAGGUUGUUGCUGACGAUUCGCUUCCUCUAGAAUGCGAGGACUGGGAUAAACCUGGAGAGCCAUGGAGUCUCGCCCUUUUGUCCGCUGUUCGGGCUGCAGAAUAUUAA